ACGUAGUAGGGGCAGCCCUGUAAUUCGCGAGUGUGGUGGUAGGGCGUUGUUAGUGGUGGCAACGCGCAUUCGACGCACGUGCUUCGAAUAUCGAUUUUAAAACUUCGAAUAUCGAACGUUUUUGUUUACUUUUUUUAUUUGGAUUUUUUUUUUACUAAAGGCGUCAAAGCCGAGGAAGUGGUAGCAUUCGGUGCAUUCGACUCAGAAAGUGUUGUGAAUUAAAGUGAAUGACUGCUAAACCAGUGAUUGUUUUGUGAUUAGUGUGAAUAUUUGUUAAUUUUAGAAGACAACAGCAGCAAAAAUGCAUAGGUGGAGAUGGCCGCUCCUCUGUCUCCCGAUACUGCUGGCUGCGUCAGCGUGCGGCAGCGACAUCCUCAUGAUCACCAUGGGCGGCACCAAGUCACAUAAGAUGCCGUUCUGGGAACUAGCUAGAGGACUCAUUAGAAGAGAUCACAACAUCACGUUUAUCAGCGCGUUCCCAGCAGACUUCCACAUCACAGGGUUGGAGGAGAUCGCUCCUGAGGGUCUGGUCACCUAUGUGAGGAACUACAUGUCCUUCGACCUGGUAGGAGCGAGGAUGAGGGGAGAGGACCAAAUGCCUCUUAAAGAUGUUCUCCGGUAUGGUUAUGAGGCCUGUGACGCGUUCCUCAGCGACCCUGAGACGAGGUCCUUCCUCAGAUCAGGAAGGACUUUUGAUCUCGUUAUCCUCGACGGAACCUACCCUGAGUGCGCUCUGGGCAUCGUGUACAAGCUGAAAGUCCCGUUCAUGUACAUCAACACUGUUGGUUUCUACACCAUGCCCUUGACCAACUCUGGAAGCCCUGCACCGUACUCCGUCACCCCAUUCUUUGGCAAAGCCUUCACUGAUAACAUGGGCAUUUUCGACAGAGCCCUGAAUGCCAUCUUCCACGCUGCUAUCAUACCCUUCCACGCCUUCAGCAUGCAGAUCCUUCAAGGAGUUUUAAGAAGGAAUUUUGGCCAGCAAAUACCUCAUGUUUAUGAUAUGGCGAAGAAUGUGAGCUUCAUACUCCAGAAUGGGCAUUAUUCUGUGUCUUAUCCAAGACCUUACCUCCCUAAUGUGGCUGAAGUUGCCUGUAUCCAUUGCAAAGAGGCGAAACCACUUGAUCCGGAAAUCGAAGAAUGGAUCUCAGGGGCUGGUGAGACAGGCUUCGUCUACGUUUCCAUGGGUUCUUCUGUCAGAACAACGAAGAUGCCACUCUCUGCCCACCGUCUGCUGGUGGAAGCUCUGGGCAGACUACCACAGAGGGUGUUGUGGAAGCAAGAUGUAGAGCAGAACAUGACUGACAUACCUUCAAACAUCAGGCUGUACAAAUGGCUGCCACAGCAAGACUUGCUGGGUCACCCCAAAAUCAAAGCCUUUGUUACACACGGAGGUCUUCUGAGCAUGUUCGAGACGGUCUACCACGGCGUCCCCAUUGUCACCAUCCCAAUCUUCUGCGACCACGACUCCAACGCUGCUAAAGCUGAAGUAGACGGUUACGCCAAGAAACUCGACCUACAACACCUCACACCAGAGAAAUUAUACAAAUCCAUCCUAGAAGUAAUCAUAGAACCCAGAUACAAACAAGAAGUGAAGAAACGACAGGUCCUCUUGAGAGAUCAGAAGGAAACUCCAUUAGAAAGAGCCAUCUAUUGGACUGAAUACGUAAUUAGGCACAAAGGGGCUUACCAUUUACAGUCACCGGCAAAAGACAUGAACUUCUUCCAGUAUUAUUCUUUGGACGUUUUCCUUCUUGUUAUCUCAGUGCUCGUAACUUUAUACGCUCUUAUUUCUUACGCUUUAAGGUUGAGUUUCAACAGACUGAUAGGUUACGUGCAGAAGAAACAGAUGCAUCAAUUACUGGACAAGUCAAAUAAUCUGUUGACCAGUUCGAAGUUAUUAAGUCAAGCUGCGGCGACAAAGAAGAAAUUGUGAGCAACAAAAUGUAAUUUUUAAUAGAACAUUUUGUGACUGAGAAGGUACUUUAUAGAAUAGAGAUUGUUAUACAAAAAUGGUUCUUAUUGGACUUUGAAUUAGGUGAAGAUUUGAUUGUGAUCAGGUUAGUUGUAACUCGAUGAGUUCAAAUGAAUGUGAUCGAUGUUCAGUUUAUAAAAUGUAAUGUACAUAUAUUACCAGUGAUAUUAAAGUUAGUUCUGAUCCCCUUAGUGGGGG